GGCCUUGGCACCUGUUCCAGAAUCAAGAAACAUGCAUUAAAUCCACGUUCACGCUUCAACGCUGCCCGACUCUGACUGGAAGGCAUACAGAGCCUAGAUUCGAGGAAACUUCGGCAUUUGUUUGCCCCACAUUGAUCAGGUUCUGGCAGCUGUUCUGGCACCUCGGCGGGACGGUGCACACGCCAAAAUGCGUUGGCCGCCUCCGUAUAAAGUCCUUCCGACAAUUCAACAGCACAUCCGGUUUCCUUCGUCUGCGGUUUCCCCGCCGCCCCCACGCAGCGUCCUGACUGUCUUGAGAUCCUCUGUCGUCCAUGCCUAUCCCAGAGUGGACCAUUGCUGAUUUUAUUCACCAUGGUCCUUGGUGGAGAAACAAAAGCAUUUUGUUGCUAAAUCUCUAUCUGGUCCUACCUUUACUCUCAGCGGCAACCAACGGGCUGGAUUCAUCGAUGCUCAAUGGCUUGCAGAUCUUACCUGGCUGGCAGGACUAUUUUCACACACCGACAAGCAAAACUUUGGGUCUUGUCAAUGCAGCUAACUGCAUUGGUGCCCUCGUCGGCAUACCCAUCACUCCCAUAUUCAGCGAUCUCGUUGGACGGAGAAUGACACUUUUCAUGGGCGGUGUCAUCAUGCUUGCAGGCAUCAUUAUGCAAGCUAUGGCAUCCACCGUGUAUAUUUUCAUUGGGGCUAGGAUCAUCGGCGAGUGCGGUUUUGGCAUGGCUUUCACUGUAAACGCAGCACCGUUGCUUAUUAGCGAGCUAGCAUAUCCGACACAGCGUGGGAAAUUGAGCUCGCUCUUCAACACAAUGUGGUACUUCGGUAGCAUUGUUUCUGCGUGGAUAUGCUUAGGAGCUUAUGAUCGUGCCGGUGCUACGGUUUGGUCAUGGCGGGCACCCGUGUUGGUGCAGCUGGUCAUCCCCACUCUGCAAAUCUCGCUAAUAUGGCUUACCCCGGAGAGCCCAAGAUAUCUUGUGUCCAAGGGCUUGGAGUCUCAAGCUGCACGGAUUCUUGCAAAGUACCACUCCACCAGCAACGAUGAACGAGACCCUCUCGUAGUCUUCGAGAUGGCACAGAUUCGACACGCCUUGAAACUGGAGAAGGAAAUUUCAAGCGGAACUUCGUACUGGACAUGUUUCUCGACAGCAGGAAAUAGGAAGCGUAUGACCGUCAUUUUCGCGAUUGCACUCUUCUCGCAGUGGAGUGGAAACGGCCUUGUCUCCUACUACAUCAACAUGGUUCUCAAUGGCGUUGGCAUCACGAGUACUCGGACCAAAGCAGCGAUCAAUGGCGGACUGCAGGUGUUUAACUUAGCCAGUGCCAUCUGCGGUGCAUUGCUCGUGGAUAAGCUUGGCCGUAGAAAAGUCUUUUUAGUCUCAAACAUCGGCAUGCUCAUCGCCUUUUCUAUGUGGACACUUACUACAGCCCUAUUCGAUGUAUCACAAAACGCAGCGGCUGCCAAAGCCACCGUUCCGCUCAUUUUUCUCUAUUAUUUCUUCUACGACUUCGCUUAUACGCCCAUGCUCAUCUCGUACACGCUUGAAAUUCUACCAUACAAAAUCCGUGCCAGAGGUUUUGCCAUCAUGAACUUCACUGUUUAUGCUGCGGUUGCGUUCAACCAAUUUGUCAAUCCGUGGGCCCUUGAAGCUUUGGGUUGGAGAUAUUACCUGGUCUACUGCGGGUGGUUGGUUCUUGAGUUGCUAUUUAUCAUGGUUUACAUUAUCGAAACUAGAGGGAGAACGUUGGAAGAAACGGCUGCUCUGUUCGAUGGAGAAAAGGGACCACAAGAGAUCGAGGAAAAAGGAGGCGAAGCCGCGACCAUGACUAUGAACCAGCUCACCUCUCGGACAGGCAAGCGUGAAAAGGGUUUGGCCGAAGAAGAGUACUUUGAACUACAGGAGGGUAGCGGUUUCCACCUACCCAGUACAAGGCCGCCAUCGCAGAUGGAUUCACAGUCAGAGGAGUCGGCCAUCGCAUUAUCUGUUUAA